UUCUGCUCCCCGUUGUCCCUCGAUCCAGCCGUGGACUCUGUGCGGUAGUUUUCACCACACUCCUGUUUGGUCACUCCAAGCAGAGGUGCUGCUGCUCUAUGAACGUCUCGUGUUGGUCUUGUCAUUCACACUAGCUGAGAUCUCAGGUCCUGGGGCUUCUCUUACCUACCUUUAGACCUGAACCCUGCAGCCCAGAGCAUCAGACAGAGAGACCGAGAAGAAAACUAGCGUUGAAAUCGCGACUGCUGUUCAACGCGUUUGAGACCGACUACCAACCGCGGCCGCCUCCUGCCGGUGACGUAGCUCAUGGUGGAUCUUUGAGCACGAAAAGAGGAGGAGCCUGUAGGUGACGUAUCAUCUCUGAGCACGAAAAGAGGAGGGGCCUGUUGGAGAGCGAAGGAGGAGACCAGUCGGUAUAGUCCGCAAACGAUCAGUAUCGUUUCUGUGGCACAGCUCUUUAGUUUUUCUUUUCUCCAUUUUAUGUCCAAUCUUGUGGAUUGACACCCCAUCCCAACCUAAACGGUUGUGUAGAAGAGGGUACGGAAGAGUUUUAAAGCGGCAGGAGGCGGAGCGGAGAGUCUGCUACACACCAACGCCGAAAGUCGCGGGAACAACGUUCGACGACGUGAAUAGUCGGUGAGUCGAGGUUGUCGAAGAAUUCUCUGGUAAAUCCAUGACCAGGAACCUUUCGGCCUGAAGGCAGCUAUGGAAGUUGUUGUGACAGAGGAAAAGAAGAAGAUCUUCCGUGCCAGGAAAACCAUGAAGAUAAGUGAUCGCCAGCAACUAGAGAGUCUCCACAACACUUCGUUAACAGCUACCCCGGGUUUGUCUGAAAGAUCUUCACCGCCUCUAAUGAACGGCACACACAAAGAGGAUGGACCAAAAGUGGAGGACAAGGAACAGAACAAUGUCUCUGAUUCGAACUCGCCCCCCGCAGCAUCCCCUGCCUCUCCAACUUCUCUGAGCUCUCCUGCUCCUUUCCUGUCCCUAAAUCUGUCCCCUUCCCCUGCCUCUUCACAAAGUCCCACAUCCAAGGAUGAUGCUCCUUCGACUCCCACAUCGCCAUUCCACUCUCUAAACUUUGAACUGAAAAAGAUGGAGGAGGAGGGGGAGGAGAAGACAGGCUCAUCAGAGGAGUCCGUUGCAGUAGCAUCAACAGCAUCCAAGGAAAAAGACAAGGAUGUGGUCCCAGAAACAGAAAAGAAAGAGAAGGAGAAAACCACAACAGAUAACCCGGCUGUGGAUUCGGCGAAAGGUUCCGUUAAAGGUUUGGAUACAAGUUCAUCUGAGCCCACUCCAGUGUCUGGCUGUACAGAACCAAUGGACACAGAUAAUGACACUACAAAGACCAAUGACUCAGAGACCUCCAAAAUAAAAGAGGAAAAGCCCUCUUCUCCAAAACCUACCACUUCUGAUCCCUCUCCUCCUUGUCCUUCCUCGUCUCCUCCAGCUUCCUUUUCAGUGAAUCCAAAACAAGAAAAGGACUUCAAAUGUGAGGACCCUAAAGAAGAGGAGGAUGAAAAAGAGGACAAGAAGAAAGGAUCAACAAAAGAAGAAAAGAUGGAAGUGGGAUCAGUGAAAGUAGAGUUCAAGAAGGAAAAAAUGGGUGUUAGCCAAACCACAAAGCCAUCUCGGCCUUCGUCCACUCCGCCCUCUAAUACAGCAGUUCAAGAGGAGAAGGGCUCCACAUCAGGACUGAAGCGCACUUUAUCAGAGGGUUAUGAAAAAGAUGGACAAGCUGUAAAAAGAGAAGGGAAGAGGCCCAAGGUGGAGCGUGAGGAGCUGGAGGCAGAACUGGAACUUAAAAUCACUGCAAAUGCUGGCGGUCACGAUAAACUAGAAAAGAUCGUGCAGCAGCUGGUGGAUGAACGGUUGAGGGUUUUGGAGCUGACCAUUUUCGACCAACAUUUCAAAGAGCUCAAGGACAGGGUAGACAAAGUCGACUGUGCCACUAAACAUCAAACCGCCAUUAACACACUCCAGGCCAAGAUAGCACGACUGGCAAAGAAAUUUGGAGAGGCCAAUCAGGCCUCAGAGAAUAAAAGGAAAAACGAGGCACUGGCUGCUGCCGCCGCUGCUGCUAAUGCUGCCAAGACUGUAACAGUUGCAACAAGUGCUCAAGCUCAACGGCCAAUCCGGACGUCCAUGGAGGUAAAGCAGGCUCAAACUGUUUCUUCGUCCAGCACAGCCGAAGAGGCUUUGGCAAAGAUCCUGCAGAUGAGCGAUGGGGAGUCUGAUGGAGGGGAAAUUUCCAACUUCAGUGAUGUGGACUGGAGUGAAGAGGAAGAGUGUUCAGAUUCUGACCCCGAACCCCUACAACAGAAACAAAACAAAAAGCCAAUUGCCCCAGCUGUUGGCAUGUCCACUCCAGUCCCAAGCCAAUGUGAGCAGGGGAGAGAUGGGACUAUCUGGAAAGCAAUCAAGCCUGAAAAACACAUGAAGAGACAAAUUGCCCUCUCUGAAGUGGUGGGACCCACAGUUCACGCUAAGAGCAACAUUGAAAACGCUGUGAGGGCUUUCUCGUGCCUGCUGGACAGGAAAAUACUGCAGCACAUACGGGACUGCACGGUGGCAGAGGCCCACCACGUUGAAAAGGACAGUUCAUGGGAUCUCUCCAUUCCAGAGUUGAAGGCCUUCAUUGCCCUGCUAUAUGUGAGAGGAGUGUACAAUAAAAACAUGGAGUUAGAGAGCUUUUGGUCCGAGGAAUGGGGGCUGGCCUUCUUCAGAACCACUAUGCCGAGGGACCGCUUCAGGACGAUCAUGCGCUACCUGCGCUUUGACAAUAAGCACAACAGACGUGUCCGCCUGUGCGUAGACAAAUUUGCACUGAUGUCCGAUGUGUGGGAUGGAUUUGUGAAAAACAGCAUUGCCUGCUACCGACCUGGUUUGUGCAUUAAUGUGGAUGAGCAACUGUUCCCCACGAAAACCCGUUGCCGCUUUACCCAGUAUAUGGCAAACAAGCCAGAGAAAUUUGGUAUUAAAUUCUGGGUCGCUGCAGAUACAGAGACCAAAUAUUUUUUGAAUGGCUUCCCAUAUCUGGGCAAAGACGACAUGGGAACAGAACAUAAACAUCUACGAGAAAGUGUAGUGAUGAAGCUAGUGGAGCCAUAUCAGGGAAAGGGAAGAAAUGUCACCAUGAACAAAUGUUUCACGUCCCUCACCCUGGCCAAGAACCUGCAGAAUAAAAACACAAGCCUGAUUGGUCCUAUUAACACGACCAGACGAGAGCUUCCACCUUCAAUCCAACAGCAGAGAGGGGAGCUGUUCUCCACCAAGGUGCUGAAGCAUGAACAAGCCACACUCACAGUUUACCAAGGGACACCAAAAGAAAGCAUUGUACUCCUCAGCACCAUGCACCCAAAUGUCUCCAUUGGGACUGACAAGAAGGGAAAACCAGAGACUGUUGCCUUCUACAACAACACUAAGGCCGGGGUUGAUAUACUGGACCAGAUGACUCGUCUGUACUCAGUGAGAACCGCAACUCGAAGAUGGCCUGUUGCUGUAUUUUACAAUCUCCUCGACUUGGCUGCAGUAAACGCCCAUGUCCUGUUCAAGGCCUGCACCAGUACCCCCAUCCCCAGAAGGGCCUUCAUACUAAUGCUAGCAAAGGAACUGCGAGAGGAGCAAAUGUGUAUCAAGGCCAGUCUGCAUUCAAUACCAAUGGAGCCACAGCUGCCACAAGAGGCAGGGAUAAGGAAGCAGUGCAAGAUCAACAGCUUCUGCAAACAAAAUAAGACCCUUGUCUCCUGCACCGAAUGCCUGCGACAUAUGUGCGGGAAAUGCACCAUGAGGGUUGAGCGCUUUUGCUACAAGUGUUUUCCGCUGAUACCACAACGCUGUGUGAAGAGCUGAUCCUUCCUUCUUACAAUUUGUUUGGUUAUUAAAGGUACAGUGUAGAAGUGGGAAUACUAAACGAUCAGACUCUAGAUUGAAAUGCUCCCCUGCCCACCUCACCUGUUGGUGAAGCCUUUACCUUGAGAACCUUUGAGAACAAUCAGCUCCUGUGAUGUAUGAUAAGAUUUCAUCAUCAGAAAUUUUUACUAAGACAAAUUCUCUUACGCACAACUGCCACUUUCUUCUUCUUUGUCUUCCAACCUGUGCAUUUCACGCAGGCACUGGCUGAAUACAAAAACAUGCAUGUUACUAGUUUGUCCACUUUGUGCUGCUGUAGAACCUUGGCAGUGCAAGUUGGUGGCCUCUGUUGAAGGGAACACACUCCCAUGUAGAUAUUAAAGGCUCAUUCUGAGUAAUCAUAAACAAAGCAUUGUAUAUAUUCAGGUGGUUAUACACUUAUUUGAACACACUUGCGAAUGUUAUAUUUCACUUCUACCAAGUAUGUUCUUCUAAAUGCUGCUAAAUACUACACACUGAACCUUUUAUUACAAGUGUUAUUUUCUACUGUUCCAAAGUUAUUUUUGUACUAGUUCUGUUUUCUGAAUGUUGGAGAAUGAAUUUUGUUUUUGAAGUUGUAUCAACAACCCUGUUCAGUUUUCCCAUUCAUGUAUGUACAAGCGUAAAUGCAAAUGUAGGCUUGUGUGUGUGUCUUUUUGAGAGAGAGCGAGUGUGACAGAGAGAGAGAGAGAGAGAGAGAGAGAGAGAGAGAGAGAGAGAGAGAGAGAGGGGAA